AUGGAUAAACUGUGGCUGAUGAUGAACGUGGUCAACAAUAAAUAUGAAUUUGUGCAAAAUGUCUCUUUGCAAUACUACAGUUCGAAGACAAACGCAUGGUACCACUUUUAUAGUGGAACCCUAAUCGCCCCACAGUGGGUUCUUACAAGUGUCAGCUCUGUCAAGUACGCGUAUUAUAUGCGAGUUGUGCUUGGCAAGCACAAUAUAUACCAGCAGGAGGCUGGAGAAAAUGUUGCAGAAGUCUACCUAACUGCCUACCAUUCCGCAUUUAACUCCACCAGCUUUGCAAAUAACAUUGGAUUGAUUAAGCUGAAAGCACCGGUGACGCCGGACACUGGAAUACAGUUCGCCUGCCUUCCCAGUGACAACGAGCGACUGUCAUCGACAAGCAAAUGCUACGCCAUCGGCUGGGGCUCCAAAAAGAUCAAUGGUUCAUUGACCAGCACGCUCCAGCAAGCCAACCUACCAGUGAUUGACGACAACACAUGCAAAACACCCGAAUUUUGGAAUUCUGUUUUACCUGCAAACACAACAUGUGCUGGUGAUGGAUCAAGCGGUGCAUGCGAUGGUGAUUUGGGUGGACCGCUACUAUGUUUGAAGAGUGACAAUUCAUGGGUUGUGCAUGGCUUUGUUACAUUUAUAUCAAGCUGGAAUUGUAAAAAUUACUAUAGGCCUACAGUCUUCACUAGAAUAUCUGCCUACAUUCCCUGGAUUCAAAACGUGAUGGCGCGUUAUUGACUCGGAAGGACAUUCUUGUGGCCGAUAAACAGUACCAUCAAGAUGAUCAUCGCGGUCUUAAAACAUACUGAAUUAUUGAUAUUUACAUCAUGUUUUAUGAAAUGUUAACACAAGCUUGUUUAAUAUAGCAUGAAUCAAUGUUUCCUUUUUAGUCUUUUUCACUGCUUGUCAUGUAAUUCUUGUACCUUUUCCCCU